UGAUAGCUGAAAGCUUUAACUCCAUUUUUAGAAACUGUUUAAAGUCCCCAAUAAAACCCUUUUGAUACUACAAUGUCUGUGAGAUUGUUACACAUCAAGAAAACUCUGUUUGUUCGUGAAUUUUGAUCUAUGAGAUCGGUGAAACAAGUAGCGGUAACGUAGACCGUAAACCCGGCUAUUACCAUAUUGAUACGUUGCAUUUCCUGCAGUAAGUGGCCACAACAAUAAAUAGCAAAUUUAAUACCGCAUAAUAAUGCAUUUUCCUAUCUUCUCAAGGCCUCCAAACUAGCAUGGCACUUCUCAAACAGUCUCCAUCGAGAUUCGAACGCGUGCAAAAAUCUCAGCGUUUCAUAGCGCUCCAUCGAUCUCGUCGGUUGGUUUUCCGCGAAACGGUUGUCACUGUCUGUCUUAAUAAAGCGUGUGUGCCAGUUUUUUUGAAGUUAAUUCAUAUUUCGGACUUUUUGGACUAUAUAAAUAAGAAUGAAUAACCGGUAAACAAUACUUUGUUCUGGGCCCCGCUUAUUAAGUAAUAAAAUCGUAUUUUUUGUUUUUACAUGAUAUGCUGUGGUCAAGUUUCAAGGGGUCAAAUUGUACUCAGACCAAAGAAACGUUCAAAACAGGCUGUUAGGACAGAGAAAAUGGUGGAAAAUCAAGGGAGGCGGCUGUCUUUGGCUCUGCCCAUCUCCUUGCCCCAGAGGCAGAGGAGGAUGUCGGUCAGGAGCUUUUAUUGGGUGAUGGUCAAUCCGAUGGUAAUUUUCAAUUUUAUAUGGUUUGUUUUGCGAUAGUGCGAUAGUUUUUCUCGUAUGAACUUUGAUAUUCGCAUUUCUGAAUGUCUCUUAGAUACAUGUCAAUCGUGAUCAUCGAGCAAAUUAAGAAACAUAUCAAUAUUUUCAAUAUGUGUAUGGGGAUACGCUACUGGAAGCCGGUUUACUUCAGACAAUUUUUAAUUGACACUGUAUAUUUAUACGGC